ACCCCUUUCAUGGAGCCUAAAGGCAGCCGGGAUGAGGAUGCAAGGGAAGGAAUACAGGAUGGGACUCCAUAAAAUUAUGGUACAGACAGUGGUAUAUCAGCUGUAUGUCUUCUAUACGUCAAGCAUGCUGUCGAGUGUUCUGUCCGUGCUGUAUUUUUGACAACCCUCGAAAAAUACCGAACAACUGCUGUGGACGGCUUUGCACUGACGGGACAUAUGAAAAUGGAGUUAUGAAAAAUGUUUUUGGUUUGGUAUUGGGGAUCUUAGCCACUCUCAUCAUUUACCUCGUCAUGGUUUUCCAGUUCAAGUUCCAUGCUUUCACCGCCGGGAUUCUGGCCUCUGUGAUUGGUGUAUUUGUAACCAAUGGAAUGGCAUUCUCUUCCGGGAUGCGAUGCAUUGCGUUUCUGACAGUCCCACAACUGUUCUCAAGUACGGGGCGGUACUUCCUAUUGAUGUACGUCAUGAUACUGGUGAUGUCAUAUCCGGUGAAAAACUUCAACCACAACAUCGUGGUAAUGUCGGAAAGUUCCACAUGCGGUCAACAGAUGGCGUACAACCAGACAAAGGAAUUGGUCGACGCUGCUGUAGCACCAAUUGCAGGUGUCAUUGAAAGUGUUCGGAUUGUAAUGAAAUCUCUGAGGAAUUUUGCUGGGAUAUUACGGAAGUCUUUUAUGGUCCUAAAGAAGGCUGUAGUAGAAAUAGCUGCGUCAAUAGGGCGAGUCCUUUCCUGGUUAAAGAGUAUCGUGAUUGUUUGUAACAACAAGAUGGGAGAACCGUACCGAAAAUGUACGUCUGCCUUUGAUAAAGCCGAACACAACUGCAGGGAGAUGCUUGGCUGGUUUUUUAGCUGGAUAUGUGGGAUUGUGUCUGCUUUUAAACACAUCUGUCAUAUCACAAGAG